AUGUUUUCGAAAGCUAAAAGAUUUGAACCUAUUGGUGCUAACAAAAAGCAAUCUUCCAAUGUUAAGGAGAAAGCUCAAGUAAUGCCUGCACAAUGUUUGAAGCAAAAACCAGUGGAAACACCCAAUACGAAAAAUUCUUAUGCACAUUCUCAGUGCAGUUCUGCUUCUAGUGUGAAAUCUUUUGUAACACCACAACCAGUAAAACAACAUCCUAUUGCCAAAUUUAAAGUAACAAACUCGAUCAAAAAGCCAAUCUCAAAUAUAAAUAAGAACAGUACUCUAAGCAAAAAACAUGACUCAGAUGAUCUCAUUAAAGCACAGCAGGUUGAAAUCAGAAAUAAAGACCACACUAUAUUCGAAUAUAAUAAACAAAUUGAAGAUUUGAAGAAUGAAAUUGCAAAUUUGCAAAGAAAACUGAAUGGUACUGCAGGAUCAAGUAAGGAUAUAGAUUGUCUCAAUAAAAAAAUGCAUCAAAUAACCUUAUGUGACAAAGCUAUUCAAAAAAAUGAAAUAUCUAGUGAAAAUUUAGACACAGCAAAAAUGAUUGAUCACUUGCGGCUAGAAGUAGAUAAAUUAGAAAAACAAUGUGAGAAAUUAGAACAAGAAGUAAGUAGUAAACAAGUGGAACUAACUUCUUUUGAAGAAGUUAUAAUUAUAAGAGAUAGUCUUUGUCAGGAUUUACAAAAUAAAUUAACUGAUAUGAAUACUUGUCUUGAAGAAACUAAACAAAGAUUAGAAAUGGUGAAAGGUCAUCAUGCACUGGCUCUGGAAGCAAAUGAAAGUAUACGCCGAGAAUAUAAAGUAGAAUUAGAAACUCUUAAAAACAAAAUGGAAGAAGAGAAACAAGCAAUUCUGAGCAAAAGUAAAACAGAACAAGAGAACAUUAAGGCACAUUAUAAAUCAUUGAUUAAAUCAAUUAAGGAGCAACUGACUAAUGAAAAGGAUACAAUAAUUUCAGAAUUGCAAGACAAGUUGGUAAUUAAAGAACAAGAAAUGAAAGCAAAGCUGGAACAAAUUGAAGAAGCUGCUCAUGAGAAAUUAAAAUUGUGUGAAAUACAGUUAGAGGAGCGCAGUAGAAGUAUUCAGGAACACUGGUCUCUACAAGAUAAUCAAAUACAAAGCUUAGAAAAUGAAAUAAAGGAUCUUAAAUACAAACUAAGUCAGAAUGAAGAACACAGUAAGAAAUUACAAAAUGAACUAAUUUCACUAGAAAAUGAAAAUGAUGCUUUAAAGAGUGAAAAAUAUAAACUUGCUCAAGAAUUAGAUCUAUUGAAAGAAGAAUCUAAAAAGAUGAUAAUUAAUCACGAAAAUAAAAUUAAUAAGCUAACUGUAGAAGUUGAUAAGGCAAUUAAAGAGAAGAAUAAAUUUGAAAUGUCUUUAUCAGUUACUAGGGAUAUUGUACAAGUUCUAACAAUGCGCCUUAGGGAAUCAGAUACAGAACUGGAACAUUUAGAAGCCAAAAUACAGGCACUAACCAACACAAAGGAAGCAAUGGAAUCUGAACUUGUAACAUACAAAAAUACUUUAAACAAUACUGUACAAGAAUGUAAUGAAUAUAAAGAAGCCCUUGUGAACAUUCUGAAGUCCAAAGCAGCUUUGGCAAAGGAGCACACCCGAAUAAUGGAGCAUAACGUAACCCUUAUAGAAAGUCUACAGAAUGUAGAAAAGGAGGCAUAUCGUGAACUUGGAACUAUUAAAACUGAACUUAUUGAAGAUGUGGAAUUAUUGAAAAAGGAAUCUGAUUCUAAGAUUCAGAUGCUUCGUGAAGAGGUGGAAAAGAAGCAGAUGUUGUGUGAACUGGCUACCGAACAUGCAGGCCAGGCCACAGCUGCUGCUGAACAAUCACGCGCACUUUUGGCGCAGGCUGCCUCUGAAAUUUCUCGUCUUGAGACUGAAAAUAGUUGCCUCCAAAAACAGAUUCAUGAUCAACAAUCCCUAGUUGUUGAGCUAUCUCUGCUACGUCAAGAAAACGAAGAACUCACUAUGACAUUGGCUAAGCAAUCUUCUAUCAUAGAUAAAAUGAAGAAGGAAAUGGAACAGUCGCAAGUAAUGCCAAAGUCACCUUCUGUUAGUAGAAAGACUCUUAAAAUUGGAAAAGAAAAUAUACAGGCUGUGGUUUCGCCAUUACGGGAACGUAAUCAUUAA